GGCCUCCACGAUCUGACUGAACUCUUCUUCUCUCUUUUUGAACUCGCUGACCGCCGCCUCCUGCUGCUCGCUGGCUGCCAUGGCAACCACCGCCACCAUGAGGCCGAGGACGCAGAACCCAGCCGGGAAGACAACGAGCAGGAAGAAGCAGAGGAAGGUUUUACCUGCCACUCGCAACACCUGCCGAGAAACGCUAGACUGCAUCAUCAUCAUCAUCAUCAUCAUCAAUGUGAUCCUCACCUGCAGCAUCAGGUUUUCCCAGAAGUCCUUGCUCACCAGUCUGACCACAGACAGCAGGGACCAGCCGAACGAGUCGAAGCUGGUGUAUCCGUAGUCUGGGUUCCCGUUCGUCCUCAGACAGUUGUAACCCAGCGGACAGGCCCUGAACACAUCAUCACCUUCAUCACUUUCACUUUCAUCAUCAUCAUCAUCAUCACCUUCCUCUUCAUCCUCAUCAUCAUGCUCAUCACCACCUUCCUCUUCAUCAUCAUCAUCAUCACCUUCAUAACUUUCACUUUCAUCAUCAUCACCUUCCUCUUCAUCAUCAUCAUCAUCAUCAUCAUCACCACCUUCCUCUUCAUCAUCAUAAUCAUCAUCACCUUCCUCAUGAGAACCUUCCUUUUCAUCACCUUCCUCAUCAGUACCUUCAUCACCAUCAUCAUCAUCACCUUCGUCAUCUGUACCUUCAUCACCUUCCUCUUCAUCACCUUCAUCAUACAUCAUCAUCGUCACCUUCCUUUUCCUCCUCCUCAUCAUCAUCAUCAUCACUUUCCUCUUCAUCAUCAUCAUCACCUUCAUUUUCCUCAUCACCUUCCUCAUGAGUACCUUCCUCUUCAUCACCUUCAUCAUACAUCAUCAUCACCUUCCUUAUCUGUACCUUCAUCAGCUUCCUGUUCAUCACCUUCAUCAUACACCAUCAUCACCUUCCUGUUCAUCACCUUCAUCAUACAUCAUCAUCAUCACCUUCCUCUUCAUCAUCAUCAUCACCUUCCUCAUGAGUACCUUCCUUUUCAUCACCUUCCUCAUCAGUACCUUCAUCACCAUCAUCAUCAUCACCUUCGUCAUCUGUACCUUCAUCACCUUCCUCUUCAUCACCUUCAUCAUACAUCAUCAUCGUCACCUUCCUCUUCAUCAUCAUCAUCACCUUCCUCAUGAGUACCUUCCUCUUCAUCCCCUUCCUCACCAUCAGUAUGGAGUGUGAACACGUACCCGGCACUAGACCUGUUUCCACACAGCAGAGGCUCCGAAUGACCGGGCAGGAAGUACAUGUUUGCUACAGGAGAGAGAGAGACAGUCUUCAUCAUCACCAUAUACUUCAUCAUCACUAUACCAUAUUCUUCGUCAACAUCAUCAUACCUCUGUUGUUGAUGUACUGGCUGUAGUUGUACUGGGAGCUGUAGUUGUACUGGGAGCUGUGGUUGUACAGGGAGCUGUGGUGUUCGAUUAACUCUGCUGACCACACCACACACUUAUGCUUCAGGUCUCCCAUGAAGAGUUGCUGACCAACCAAAGCGCAGAGGCCAAGCAAAAACAGCGCCAGAAUGAUGACACCAGUGAGUCUCUUCACUGAUUGGACGAGAUCUCCAACAGUCGUCUUGAGACCUGAGAGGGGCGGGGUUUGAAACUGCUCCCUUAAAACCCUUUAAUGAACAAUAAUUAAUCUACACAGACUCUCACUCACUCUCUCUCACACACACACACACACACUGACCAGGGAGGACUGGGAUGAUCUUCAGCACACGAGUGACUGAGCUCAGCACGGUAAACAUCCUCACAUCUACAAACUGUGUCAGAUAUCUGAAAGAUGAAAUCAAACUGAAUCUGGUGAAAAGUACCAACAAGACACAAACCACUAAAGUUUAUUUCUCCAAUAUAUUUAUUAUAGAUUUGACCCAAUUAUUGUAUUUCAUAUUUUACUAGUACCCGGUGCAGAUGACCAGCACGUCCAGCCAGUUCCAGCCGUCUCUGAGAAAGGUGAAGUGUCCAGCACAGAGUCCUCUGGACAUGACUUUAACCACCGCUUCAAACGUGAAGAUGGCUAUGAACACGCGUCUGUUCAAAGACAGAAAAACACUGAGAUAUUUAACAAUACAACAGUUCAUGUAAAAAAACGAAAAUGAAAGACGGUCAUAAAUCAAGAGAGCAGCAGGAACCUUUUCUCCUAGAGAUUCUAUACAUUCUGAGGAGUCGCCCCCUGCUGGGAAUCAGAGUGUGCAACUCUAAGGAGCAUCUCUCUCUGACCCGAAGGGUUCUGUUUCAACAUUUUAGAUUAAAUAACUCUGUGAUCUUCCCUCUAGCGCCCCCCUCAGGACAAACUGUACAUGCUUUUUUAGUCUUUAUUUUGCUGCUGUGCGAAGGCAUUGAAGACAGCAGUGUCACUUCCUGAGGACAGCUGAGGUCAAACUGAUCUCACACUGAGGACUAUUUGUUCACAGACUUCAGACUGUCUCUCCAAAAUACAUUUCAAUCCUGUGAGUCACUCCUGUUGUUUUCCGGACGUGUGUGUGUGUGUGUGUGUGUGUGUGUGUGUGUGUGUGUAAACUCACUCCACAGUCCUGCUCCACUCUGGAGGGUGGCUUAGCGUCAUGAACACACAGCUGCUCAGGAUCGUCAGGAGGAUGAACAAACUGAAUAAAGUUUUCUUUAUUAAGAACAAACUCAGUGACACGGCAUCAUGGGGCUGCAGUACACUGAGACUGCAGCCUACUAAUGUCCAGAAAACACACGAAUAAUAAACAAACACAACUGAGACUGCAUCCCUCUUAGCGUCAGUAAAGUUAUAAUGAGGAAACAUCCCAUCUCAAGAUGUAUGUGGUUAAAUAAAGGAUAUACA